GGCUCUUCCGCUCCCCUUCCGCUCCCCGCGGCCGCCGCCAGCAGCUCCUUCCCCCGGGGAAGGGGGGUCCGCGCUCCCCCAUCACCUCCCUUCCAGCCGUGGCCCAACAUGCCCCCCCGCCCGCCGCGGCUGCCAAGUCGCCCUGCGCUUUAUUUUUGGCUCGGCGGCGGCGGCCAGCGCUGAGCGGCACCUCCCGGGCCCCCGGCUUCGGCUCCCGGACACCCGGCGGCACCCCCCGGGCCCCCAGCGGCAGCUCCCCGGAGCCCAGGCCCUAAGCCCGGCCCAGCCGCUGCCCUUCGCCCGUCCCGGGGAACCGGCGGAUCCAGGCUGCCCGCAGCGAGCCCUUUUCUGCUGGCAGACGAGCCCGGAGUGUUGCCAGACAGGAGCCAGAGAUGACCAAGGAGGAAGACUUACCGGACUGGAACUCAUCCAAGGAGUUCUAUGAAAAAUAUGAGCCGAAGGAGGUUUUGGGCAGGGGGGUGAGCAGCGUCGUCCGUCGCUGCAUUCACAAAACCACCCAGCAGGAGUACGCCGUGAAGAUCAUUGACAUCACAGCGGGGAACAUAUCGCCCAAGGAGGUGCAGGAGCUGCGAGAAGCCACCGCCAAAGAGAUCGACAUUCUCCGGAAAGUCUCAGGCCACCCCAAUGUCAUCCAGCUGAAGGACAGCUACGAAUCCAACACCUUCUUCUUCUUGGUGUUUGACCUGAUGAAGAGAGGGGAGCUCUUUGACUACCUCACCGAGAAAGUCACCUUGAGCGAGAAGGAAACCAGGAAGAUCAUGCGCGCGCUGCUGGAAGUGAUCCAGUACCUCCACUCCAUCAACAUCGUCCACCGGGACCUGAAGCCAGAGAACAUCCUCCUGGAUGACGACAUGAACAUCAAGCUGACGGACUUUGGCUUCUCCUGCCAGCUGCGCGAGAACGAGAAGCUCAAAGAGAUCUGCGGCACCCCUGGCUACCUGGCCCCCGAGAUCCUGCAGUGCUCCAUGGAUGACGAGCACCAAGGCUACGGGAAGGAGGUUGAUAUGUGGAGCACCGGGGUGAUCAUGUACACCUUGCUGGCCGGCUCGCCGCCCUUCUGGCACCGCAAGCAGAUGCUGAUGCUGCGGAUGAUCAUGAACGGGGACUACCAGUUCGGCUCCCCGGAGUGGGACGACCGCUCGGACACCGUCAAGGACCUGAUCUCCCGGUUCCUGGUGGUGGACCCGCAGCAGCGGUACACGGCCGAGGAGGCGCUGGCACACCCCUUCUUCCAGCAGUACGACGUGGAGGAGGUCCGGCACUUCAGCCCCUUCCGCAAAUUCAAGGUGAUCUGUCUCACCGUCCUGGCGUCCGUCCGUAUUUACUACCAGUACCGGCUGGUGAAGUCGGUCACCAGGGAGCUGGUGGUGCGGGACCCCUACGCCCUGAAGCCCGUCCGCAAACUGAUCGACGCCUGCGCCUUCCGCACCUACCGGCACUGGGUGAAGAAGGGGGAGGCGCAGAACAGAGCCGCCCUCUUCGAGAACACCUGCAAGGCCAUUUUGCUGACCCUGGCAGCCGAGGAAGAGCUGUUUUGAUCGCCGCUGCGUAAAACUGAUGAGUUUGCUUAGAGUUAAGGCGAGUAAAAUCUUUGAAAAAAAACUAA